AUGGACCCGAGGCUCGACGCGGUUGCCGCGCUCCUCAGCAGUCGUGCCACUUCUCUCUACCACUGGCUGCAGCUGCACGCGCCGUCGCGGUCCGACACGCUCAGCGACCCUACCAAGUCUCGAGAAGCCUUGAUCAACAACUCGCUCACCGGCGCCGGCACGCGGUUCGCGCAGAACUGGUACGAGCUGUUGCCCUGGCAGCGCGAGCGGGUCGUCGACCGCCUUCUCGCCGCAUACUGCACGACGAGGACGCCGCACGAGGACUUCCUAUGGGACAAGCUCAACUACCAGCAAUUGCGCCGCGCGGUCGGGUUCAUGGAGAUCCCGAAAGAGAGCGCUCUCGCCGUCAUGGACACCCAGGCCGCGCCGUACGUCCAGGUCUCGAACCUCGUCCGCGAUAUUCGCAACCUCUGCAUCGACUCGCGCCGCACCGACGCCCUCAACUCGAGCACCACGUGGGAGAAGGCCUUCUUGGGUCCUGCCGGUGUCACGAGGGGCAAGCUGUACCGGCUCGAGCGGCCCGUGUCGCAGCGUGUCGUCCACGAGGUCCGCGAGCUUUACGCUCAGGUGCGCAAGCGGCUCCCCACGGGCGACGCCAUCGACGACGUCCUCGUGUCGGCCGACGUGGUCCUCGCACGAGCGCAUGACUCGCUUCAGCCUGCCUCGACCCGGUUCUCCGCCUUCGUCGGCUUCCUCGAAGACCUCAUCAAGCUGUACGAGUCGUAUCCGGCGCACAAGGCCGACGCCGCAGCGCUGCGCGUCGUCCGCGAGUCGUUCGAGAAGCUCAUGAGGGUCGCCGAGGUCCCGACCGUCGUCGAGCGGAGGACGGCCGAGGUGCACUUCUCGAUGCUGUCGAUCGAUCAGCAGGUGCAGGCCGUCGCGAGGGCCCGAGCGCUGCUGUACCACGCCUGCGGCCAGACGUACGCUUUGCGUCCGUUGCUCGACGUCCAACACGUCCAAGCCGAGCUCUUGAACGCUCUCGAGCAGCCGCAACUCAUGCGGCUCGUGCGAGACGUUCGGGCCGCUGAUGUCCAGCAGCGGCACUGA